ACAAGUUCCGUUUCACUGGAGCAGCCUUAGCAAAGAAGUCAUAAAAGCAUUGCAAGAGGGGACUCAACUUAAUCCGACUGAACGACAAGAAGUUGUGCGCAUGGCUGCCGCGGCCUGUCAAAAAGUCAAGGCUAGACCAUCUGCACGUGAAAUAAGGAGUGCUGCCAGUUACCUUGUUGACAAGUACCCUGAGGCACUUGGGGACCCCACUUCCUGCUCAGCUACGUCAGUUUCUUCUGUAGGCCUGGCCUACAAAAUAGAGAACAGGAUAGAAAAUAACAGAAGAGGAUGCAAACGCCUUGCGGAAGUGCUCACUGGUGGAACCAUCAAGCUAAAGAAGCAGACAUCUCGAUCAGCUUACGGUUGUGUGAACUGGCAGCAUGCUACUACGAGUUCUUCACUUCAUGAAGUGGAAGCCUCAAGAAAGUUUCUAUUGGACGAGGCAUUGAGUCGGCAUGUGAACAAAACAUUUGCCUUCAAACAAAGGCCAUGGCUGAGUGCAACCCCCCCAUCAGGACGUUCAUAAAUUCGUCAGAGCCUCCAUAUUCAGCAUUGGAUGUCAAACGAGCGUGGCCACUUCUCUUUGUGAGGGAGCACCUCCUUGAUCACUUCCAUAGGCUUACAGGUGUCUGUCUGGACGGAAAAUUGAGCCUGCCCAAAGAUGUCCUCCUCCUCGUGACAUUCCUACGUUCAAGCCCCAAAAAUGAUGCUGUGCUCGAGUGGAGCCUCAAAAUCAACAAGGCCGAGGCAGAGUUCAAAGAUCAAAACGCAGCAGCUGUCUGCCUCCUCCCAUUGCUUGCAUCCUACUUUCAAGAAAACCUCGGAGAGCUCUUCCAGUUACAUCAGGUGACAACAGAAAUCACAGAGGAGUUUCGUAACAGUCUGCCUGCUUCUCCUGUAAUUGUUGUACUGGGCCGCUCACUUUUCGAAUGCAGCUGCCAGCUGUUUGUGGACCAUGAGGUGAUGGUGGAAGAUGUGGGCUUUCAGCAAGCUGUGGAGCUCCUUUUCGCCCUUUAUUAUUGUUUAAACAUCCAGUAUGCCAAAGGUGCGGGAACCACACUUGAGUUCAUUCAGAGAUACCAAGUUGGUAUCAAACAACAUGAUGGGUCACGACAGGAGGCCGGGAGGUCGAAAGGAGCUCGGGCAAGAGCAAUCAAAGCCGCCACAGAUCUUGCUGCUUUUGAGAAAAAAUGGAACAGUGUGAGUACAUAUUUGAUUUGGCAUGUGUACGAUGUGGUAUCAAAAGGUUUCCAGUCUUGUUUUGUAUUAAAAAGAAAAGCAAAUAGCGGCACGACACUGCAUUCACAGGGGUCGAGGGCAGCAACCUUGAUCUGUCAUGGUGCUGAGUGGCUCAAUGUGGCAAUGCACAGGCGAGUUGGUGCAUGAUUACAACUGGUAGCAGCAUGCAAAAACACACGGACAAAGGGACGAAUGCACAGGACUUCGGUGUUUCCUUUUCAUUAAACAUUUAGUUGAAGUUCAGCACUCGCCUUGUGCAUUUCCUCCCUUUGUCCUUGUGUUUUUGCGCACUGCUAUUAGAGGCUUAGAGCAUCGCUCUGUGAGCUUGGGAGCCCCGCUGUACAGGUUUUUGUGACUUCAUGUGCGUGCGCCUCUGCAAUUUGUGCAAGUGGUUGUGGUCCUCCCGUAGCCUUUUCAAU